GAUAGAAGACAUAGCGUCAGUUAAAGAUGUCUGGAAAUGGAGAAGUAGUCCAAUUUAAGCAGAGGCUCUUUAUGCACCUUUUGAAUUCAAGAGUAAGUUUGACAUUAUUCUCAACUUUACUUACGACAAGUCAGAUAAGGAAUGCACCUUCCUGUCUUACCACAGUCCAGCAUUAUUCAGAAAAAAGGAAAAACCAACAAAAGAAUUAUGGAGACACCUACACAAGGACUAAUGUAGCCAAAGUGUUAUCGGACAUUACAGUUGGAUAUUUCAAAAGGAACUACAGCGUCCUAAAGAACAAUGAGAACAGUAUCUGUAAAUGUGAUGAGAUCAAGUGUGUCCAUGAUGCUGUCUUUGUAGCUUGUAGAUACAAUAAGUACAGCCGCACUCUGAGUCAGACUCCUUGGAUUCUGGAUCUGGGCAGGAAAAGUCAGUCAUCCGUGGAGGAAGAAAUCUGUGAACCACUGAAGCAGAAAUUUAGGUUUACAGAACAACGUUUUUCUUCAUCAGGACGAGAAGAUGUGGAUGUUAGAAUGUUAGGAAAAGGAUAUCAACAAGUGAGCUGAUAUAAAAGUCAGGGAUUAACAAAUUGUCAACAAAAAAGAUGUAGAUAAACUGAAGAAAGGUGAAAUAGAGAAAACAAAGACCUGUUCUGCCCUGUGCUAGUCUAAAGAAUCUCUUUCUGAGGGACAACUUCACAAGCUUCAGGAAGUCAA